CCUGAUCCUGACACUCAAACCCUGAACUAGACACACACACAGCACUAUUGUAGACGGACUAAAGGACAAGGCCAACGGAGGAAACAACAGAGGAACUAAUCCUAAAGGAAGGAAAAACGAGAGAACAAGGGAACUGGAGAAAGGAAGGGGGAAACGGUGCUGUGUGUUGUGUUGAAGUGAAACCAUCAAAUAAAUCAGGAACAUCAACACAGCCUGAUACAAAGCUGCAGCUCAGCAACUAAAUACGUCAGCUGAAGUCAAACCAUGGCACCGAAGAAGAAGGUCCUCCGUCAGAAAAAACCCGCUGCAGACACCAUCAGCGACAUGGAGACCAGCUCCCUCCCACUGAAGGUGGAGAGCCGAGGUGACGGCGUGGUGGUGGUGGAGACGGGGGUGAAGAAGAUAGAGCAGAUUGCAGCGCUGGACAUAGCUCAGCUCAACAGCCUCAACCUCCCUCUGCCGCCGCCUGUCAUCAAACCGGGGGAGCGCGGUCUGGGCCUAGGCAGCGAGCUCACACGACCCCUGCACGGCAACGCUCUGCUAGAAGAGCUCAGCAAGAUGCGGCAGGAGAAAUUUCUGACUGAUCUGGAGUUGGCCUGUAAGACAAAAGCCUUUGACGUCCACAAGCUGGUCAUCUCCUCCGUCAGUCAAUACUUCAGAGAGAUCCUGGCCAAAGACCCUGGAAUGAAGCGCCUGGAGCUCCCCUCCCUGUCACCACUGGGUCUCGCCAACGUCAUAACCUUUGCCUACAUGGGACGUGUCCAUAUGUCCCUUUACACCAUCGGAUGCACAGUCUCUGCUGCCGCCACCCUGCAGAUACCACAGCUGCUCAAGAUGUGCAUGGACUUCCUACUUGCUGAGCUCAACGUGCAAACAUGCGUCUACAUCUGGAACAUCGCCGCAGCCUAUGGCCUGCUGCCUGUCUGUGCUGCCGCCCGCCGCUUUGUCCUGGAGAACUUUGUGCAGUUCGCCGAGACACCGCUGUUCACACAGCUGACCGUGGAGCAGAUCUCCGCCUUCCUGCAGGAUGACUCACUGGUGCUACCAUCAGAGGUCACAGCUUUCCAGCUCGCCAACAAGUGGCUGGACUUUGACGCCUCCCGUCAGGCUCAUGCUGCGGAGCUUCUGUCCCAUGUCCGUUUCGAGACGAUUCCAGCCAGUGAGCUGGUGAGCCAGAUCCAGCCUGUGCCCCGCAUGAUGCUGGACGCACAGUGUCACCGCCUGCUGGUGGACGCCAUGAACUACCAUCUGCUGCCCCACCAGCAGAACACCCUGCAGUCCCGACGCACACAGGUUCGAGGGGCCCAGCAGACCCUGCUCACCAUCGGAGGACGUCCAUCACUCACUGAAAGGGCUCUGAGCCGCGAGGUGCUGUGGAGGGACCCUCGUGAAGGAGGAGCCACCUGGCGCCACCUUAGCCAGCUUCCAGCCAAGAGCUUUAACCAGUGCGUGGCGGUUAUGGAUGGCUUCCUGUACGUGGCCGGAGGGGAGGACCAGAACGAUGCUCGCAAUCAGGCCAAACAUGCUGUCAGCACACUCAGCAGGUACGACCCUCGCUUCAACACCUGGCUGCACCUGGCCAGCAUGCGUCAGCGCCGCACUCACUUCUCCCUGUCUGCCAGCGGCGGCCGCCUGUAUGCUAUUGGCGGUCGCAACGUUGAGGGUCUGUUGGCUACCACUGAGAGCUACCUGCCGGCCUCCAACACCUGGCAGAUGAAAGCCCCCAUGGAGGUGCCCCGCUGCUGCCACUCCAGCACCACUCUGCCCUCUGGAGACAUCCUGGUCACCGGCGGCUACAUCAGCUGCGCCUACUCACGCUCAGUGGCCCACUACAGCAUGGAGCAUGACACCUGGACUGAGCAGGCCCCCAUGGAGACGCCCCGUGGUUGGCACUGCUCCACCACCCUUGGAGGGAAGGUCUAUGUAGUGGGUGGGAGCCAGCUGGGGCCCGCAGGAGAGCGGGUGGAUGUCCUCUUGGUGGAGGUGUUCUCCCCAGAGAGUGGGGCGUGGGGUCGAGUCGCCUCUCUCCCACUUGGCGUGAGCACCGCCGGCCUCUCCCCACUGGCCGACAAGCUGUACCUGCUGGGUGGCUGGAACGAGGCGGAGAAGCGCUACAAGGCGGCUGUGCAGCAGUACGAUCCGGCCACGGACAGCUGGUCCAAGGCCGAAGACCUUCCGGAGCCCACCGUGGGAGUGUCCUGCUGCAGCCUGACCCUGCCGCCCCGUCAUGCCCCGCGCAGACAGCAGCACCGUAACACACCGGGCCACGAAGACCCACAACAGGCCGUGAAGAACCAGAGCAGGGAGAGUAGUGUGGCCCCUGCCCAGAACACCAAGGCAUAGAGGGACCCAGGAGGAAGAGGGACCCGGAAGCUAUUCAUGAUCAUGUCCGAGGGCUUUUCUGUCUGCAGACGAUUAACCCCUGAAAAACAGCUUCCCUAAAAUCUGCUUCGACAACAAGAAAUUUUACUAAAUGACUUCAGGUUUUAAACUUAAAGAAACUAAAAAAUAUUUAAUAUAAAGCUGUCAGCCAAAUUAAAUCAAAAAGAACAAUUCUGCUCAACGUAUGUCUGAGAUGUUUGUGAUGUACUCCCUAAGAACCGGUUUUUAAAUUGAAGAAACUUGACCCAGUUUGAAAGGAGGGUGCUGAGUGGGUGACAGCAGUAGAAAGGUGAGGUAAAAUACAACUCUGCUUCCUGGUUGGAACCUCGGCCGUCACUGUGCUGAAGGGAGGAGACAUCCAUGCAAAGAGGGAUGGAUGUUUGUGUCCGAAUCAAACCAGAUAUUCCCAAAAACAUUCACCGAUUAUCUUUAUUCCCCACAUUGUUUUCCGGACAUCACCCGGAAGUUAAAUGCCAACAUGAGGCUGAACAUCAACGAUCAAAUCAAAGUGACAACAGGAAUGAAAUGUUUUCCGAAUUAAAAGCCAGCAGAGCUUCUCCUCCUCAAAUUAAAGCAGAGCCAAAGAAAGCUUAUUAAUCUGUGCUGAUUAGCAGAAAGCCAAAGGAAGCUGCAUGGUCCCAGGUGGAGGUCAAUUUAGAGAGAAAGCUGGAUGGGAAAAGAGGAAUGGAGCAGGUGGAUGGGAGAAAUGGUGGGGAGGCUGGAAGAGAUCUCUGUGAAUCUGCUGCUGUUUAGGAUGCUUGAGGAAGGAACCAACCUGUUCAAAGCUUUAUUCUAUGUGAUGUAAUGCGGAAAAUUAAAGGUAAAAAUGAAAAUAAAGAUUUAAAGCAGAUCAUCUCAAUCUGAGAAUUUUAAAACACUACAUGAAGCCUUAAACGGUUUCCUUUUUAAACAGAGAUUUUAAUAAAAUAAAUAUAAAAUGAGAAAAAAAAUAAAAAUAAAAACUACAAAUACGGAACAAAAGAUAGAAAUUUUUACUAUGACUGAACCAGUGAGACUCCAGACUCUCUCGGUGGAGUAAAUUAUUCUUUGCUGAUGUAACUGGAAGAAUCUCUGCUUGUCUCAGCUUUGGAUGUUUUGGUGGAGUCUGAAUAAAAACAAUCUGGUCCAAA